UGGGGGGUUCUUUGGGUCGAGUGCCCCCAGAGGUAUCUUCAGUUAUUAGAAUCAAAAAAUAGAAUCGAAGAGUUCACCGCCAUUUUAUUUGCCAUAGCAUUGUACAUUUAUGUUAAAUAAUAUUUAUUUAUGGCGAUUGAGAGAAUUUUCAUUAUUGUUGAGUGGUGGUUGCUCGUCAUGAGGAAGCCGAUGAGAGAGGUUGUGCCUGGUGGAAUGGAAAGUUAUAAAUUUUUGAAGAAUAUGCAGUGACAAUUCCAUUGAUAUUUAUGUUUCUAUUUGUUGCCGGUAGAUUAAAAUGGCCGCCGAUGUCGCCUCAUUUUUUUUUGCAAAUGGCAUGUUUAUUAUCACGAGUUAUUAUUAUUCCACAUUCGGUGAGUUAUUUUUUUAUUUGUGUGUUGCCUCGUGAGGGAGGAUUGAGGAAUUAGAGGAAUUGAGUGAUUACGGUGGGAUUCCCAUGUUUUCUAUGCUGUUAUUUGUUGAGUGGUUGGAGAGCCAGACACUGUACCAAUGCAGAGCCUGCUCCUAUGAGAGCGAAAGAAGGUUUAAUGUUCAACGUCAUGAAAGACGCAUUCACGACAAAACAAUCACACGGGUGUGUUGUGGUUUAAAGAUGACGACAAAGGGUGACUGGUACAACCACUGUGCAUCUUCUCACCCAAAGAAACGACCAACUGGCAUCCUGACUCCGCCAAAAUAUAAAAUCCAUGGCCAUACCCAUAGGUCCAGCUGCAAAAUCAUCAGAUCUGAAUUCAUCGAAACUAGUUCUGACUGGUCGCAAUCGAGCACGAUAUUUCAAUUAUCACCCGUGGUGCGCAGACACUCUACCAGAAUUAGUCAGCAGACACUUCAGAAGAUUCAGCAGCAAUUGGAGUCAUCAGAUGAUGAGGACGACUCGAUAGAGGUAUCUGAGAAGCUCGACACCAUGUACUCUGGUAAUGAGUUACCAGAACAAAAUAAAUCACAUGUGCACGAGAUUCCUUACCUUGAAUCCCAAUUAAAUAUCUCUGAUCCACUGGAGUUGGAUGCCUUGAUCCGUCAGGUGCCCUUAAAUACUGUAGAAGAACCCGAGGAAAACUUUCUUCAGAGCCUUGAGAACCCUGAGAACGUCGCUGGGGAUUUUAUUUUCAAUCAGGGGAUCGACGGUGUUGGAAACAUCACAGAGGAGUUCAGGGAUAAUCACAUGGCUGUAGUCCUCCAGGAGGUAAAUGAAAAUGUCAUCUACAAUGACUAUUAUGUGUCUUCAAGUGUGUCUUCAAUGUCAUUGUUCCUUUCGAAUGGUGGACAUUCUCAGGAAACAGACAGUAACUCCAAUCACAUCCUAGGAGGUGAUAAGGAAAAUCAAUUGCCACCGAAAAAGAUGAUUCUCAAGAAAUUCCUGGGGGGUACAAAAAUGAAUAAGAGCGAGGAUAAAGAGAAUGCACCUCCUGGGUGUCGAGAAUUUGUGAAUGAGACAGUGAAUAUGGAAGUUAGAGGGGAGAGACAGGUAUACUUUCCCUGGAAUGAGCUUACACAGAUGCAGAGGCAUUUUCUUGAUUCCAUAGACUUCGAACGAUAUAAAUUAUAAGAACUUGAAUUCAAGUUCCACCGGAAAUCGAUUUUUUCGAGUCAUUUGCAUGUUUUUUUUAUAAGAGGUCGUGCUUAAAGUAUGUGUUAAACGACUAGUUUUUUACGGAUAAUAAUGAGUACAAAUAAUCGAGCUAUUAUAUUUUUUUGAUACACUGAAGACAAGUCGAACUUGACAUUUGAAAACAGCUGUUGACAGCUGUUUUUGGGGUGACAAAAAUAAAUAAAUACUACUUUAUGAUCUAUUGUAUGUUGUUCUAGUGAUAGUGGUGGAAUGAGCAGUUUAUGAGGAAUAAAUAUUAACACAAUCGGGAGCUUUCACGAUAUUACAUCAUGUAUAAUUUCUCCGAUUGCUCACUUAUUUCUCAAUAUUCAUUCAAAAGAUGUUUUGAAAGUUUCCAACUUUUUAUAAAUACAUUUUAAAUUGUUGACAAUCUCAGUGAAAAAACAAUCACAUGGUUUUCAUGAUUAAAGAAGUAAAUGAAGAGAAAAAUCCGAUAAUAUUCAGAAGAAAGUACACUUAGGCUUUAAUCAAAAUAUCCGAUGAUUCUCGUUUAAAUAAUACAAUAAUCAUGUUGAUAAAAUUUAUAUACCGAAAAUUAUUCAUGCAGGGAUAUCAAAUAGUGUCACAAUGCCACGAAAAUUGUCGCAUUGAAUGCGCUAAUACUCAGGUGCAUUUACAUGGGAAUGAACGUGGGUCCAUAGAAUGAGUUAUUAAUUAUGUCAACACCCUCUAGCCUUCGAAGACAAUGCUUCAUAAUCGUCGCAAUGCGGUAUAACGUUAUAUCAGGGAACAUAUUCAUAUACCUGGUGUUGCCGCAAUUUCCAGACAUUCAAGUUAAAAAUUGACCCUGAGUUUUUCAAUUUUCUUCCUCACCGAUGAAUGUGACACCUGACAAUCUGCGGGUGCCUAUUCAAACUCCAAUUAUUUAAGAUAAAUUUGUUUACAGUAGUCAUGUAAUUGAGCAAUGAAAGAUCAUAAUUUGUCAAUCAAUAUCCUGGUAUCAGUUUUAUUCAUUAAUAAAUUAUUUGGGGGCGA